GCUCGGGGAAAGUGGGUGCGAGAGACCGGCUCAGGACGCUCAAAGUCCCGUGGAGAGCGGCAGCGAGAGACCGGCUCGGUACCCCCAAAGUCCCGUAGAGAGCUGGUGCAGCCGAACGGAGGAAGGGAAAGAAGGAGAGGCUCGGGGGGAGCGGAAGCGAAAUCUCGGCUCGGGUAACGUAAUGCGUAGGUGGGCGUGUCUUCCCUUGUCUGCUUAUAAAAGCUCCCACAGACGGAGCUCAGUCACUCAUCAGACCUGCUGCUUCUUCCACAGACGACAGAAAUGGCUUCUCUCCUUCUCUUCUCUCUGUUCAGCCUGAUCUCAGGUGUUUCAGGUGUCUUCGUCAUUCUAGGAGACACUUUUGAAUUUCCAAAAACUGCAAGCUGCCAGAAAAAGGGAGCCCAGCUGUGGCACCCACUGGACUCUUCCCGUAAUAUCCUGGUGGCUCGAUGGGACGGUGUUUGGAUCCCGAGUCAGUACUACGAGGACAGGAUCGACCUGAACGCGUCGGUGGUCUUGAGGAACAUAAACUUCAACGACAACGGGCUGUUCGAGUUGAGCUGUGAGGAGGCACCGACCCAGCUGGACGUUGUCAGAGCCUCUGAAGUGUCAGUGAGCGCAGGUGGAGCUGUCAGCUUCUCCUUCUUCUACGUCACCUCAGGAGCGCAGGGGAUGUUCAGGCUGGACAGAAACAGGGAGACAGUGUGUGAGCUGGACCUGUCCUCCGGGACCAUCACAGAUGGGACCGGCUCUGAGGAGAGAUUCUCUCUGCCCUCUGAUUGGAGGAGACGCGGAGACCUGACUCCGACCCUGCAGCGGGUGAAGCCGGAGGACCAGGGGGAUUACUUUGCAUAUGUGGAGGGAAACGAUGGGAAGAGAAGAGGUCUCUCUGCCUGGAGGAUCAAGGUCCUGGAUCAAGACCCGGAUCAGACCACCGCCACACCUCAAACGCAGCGACCAGCUGGAGAACAGAAGGGAACCUGCAGUGGGACCGUCAGCGCUGUAGCGGUGUCCAUGUUUGUGGCUGCUGGUCUGGCAGGCUUCGGUUUGUGCUGGUGGGUAAAAUCCUGCAGACCAAGUGGACCACGUGGUUCCUCUGGACCCGGUGCUGAAGGACCCUCCACAGAUGUGGAGAUGGGUCUUGUAAAGGAGCAGAACCCUGCUGGUUCUGAAGAGGAUGUGGGGCCUUCAAGGCUUCAUGGAUAGAUUACAUCACAUUUCCUACAAUUCCAGAUGUUGCUUGAAGAGAUGAACGUCUUGUAUCAUGUGAUUUCUCAUCGUCUGCUCUUAAAUGCACUGCUGUAAAUAAAUCUCUAUUUUAUCUAGA